GCCUAUGAUACACAUGUAUAUACAUGCAAGUAGGUUAUGGUAUUGUGGGAGGCGAGCUGCAGAGCUCAUGUUGUAGCUUGCCCAACACGUAAGUCAAAUUAUGACUUGGGUGCAAUGAGAGGAGGAUAGAGCUGCGUUGUAUUGUUGCCCUAGUUGGUGAUGCCCCGCCUCUGGCUUAAACCUGGCACCCUGCUAAAACAAACGAAAACCAGCAGCACCAAGCUCAGCCCAGCUCAACUCAGCUCCCACUCAAUGCAAUUAAGGCGGACUUCAGGCGACUCUCCUACCUACGUGUUCAUCUAGCAAGGAUCGACGUUGAGACAACAGGAACCAGAGAGAAAGAGGGGCUUUGGUCCAAAAAAACCCAGGAGAGAUUGCCUAGCCUUCUAAUUUCUCCCCUCUCCAACAGCCCAAGAACAAUGUCGAUGAGCCCUAGGCAUACGACUCCUUUUUCUGUUUCCGAUAUCUUGAGUCCUCUUGAGGAGAGCUACAAGAAAGUAAGUAUGGAGAAUAACAACUUGGGGUCACCUCUCGCGUCGUACCGGCAGCCGCAGGUGUCUCAGGCGAUGAUGCAGCAGCACCACAUGGGCCAUAACGGGACGGUGUCCGCGGCAUACCAUAUGACUGCGACGGGGGUGUCCCAGCUGUCACACACCACGAUGGGGGGCUACUGUAACGGCAACCUGGGGAACAUGAGCGACCUGACGCCCUACCAGGACGGCAUGAGAGGCAGCGCCACGGCCACUGGCUGGUACGGGGCCAACACAGACCCGCGAUUCUCCACGAUCUCGCGCUUCAUGGGCUCUUCUUCGGGCAUGAACAUGGGCAGUAUGGGCAGCCUUGGCUCGCUAGUAGACGUGGGGAAAGGCAUGGGCUCGCUCUCGAGCACCCCGAGAAGGAAGAGGCGCGUGCUGUUCUCUCAGGCUCAGGUCUACGAGCUCGAGCGGCGAUUCAAACAACAGAAGUACCUAUCGGCGCCUGAGAGAGAACACCUGGCGAGCAUGAUCCACCUCACCCCGACCCAGGUCAAAAUCUGGUUUCAGAACCACCGAUAUAAAAUGAAGAGGCAAGCGAAGGACAAAGUGUCGCAGCAGCAGAUGCAACAGGAGAGUAGUUCCUGUCAGCAGCAUUCACCUCGGCGGGUGGCUGUGCCUGUGUUAGUGAAAGACGGCAAGCCAUGCCAAGGCAGUGCCCACACUCCCACCACUACUGUCCAGGCCCACCACCAACAAGGUGCCAAUGUUAUGAUCAUGUCCAGUAACGGUUCAGGCCUAGGUCAGCACCAGAGCCAACAGGUGGGUAGUGCAGGUCACUCUCCAGACCUAACACAACACUCCGCCAGCCCACCGUCUCUCCAGACCCAGGUAGCCGGCCUCUCUCACCUGAACUCCUCCAGCGCCGAGUACGGGACGGCCCUGCAGUGCUCUGCUCUGUUAUAUGGCAGGACAUGGUGAUCUGUUAUGCCGCAGGACAUGAUCUGUUAUAUGGCAGGACAUGGUGACAGCCAGACAAACUAUGAUCACAAACAUACAUACAACACUGCUGUCAAAGCUUUUUCAACAAAGGCACUCAACAGACAAGCAAACAAACAAUCAAACAAACUGUACUUUGUGUACAUUUUGAACCACACCAUUUGGUGAAUUUUAGUUCAUGCUCUUCUUCUAAAAUGUAAUUGGAUAUGAGGACAGUAAGAGGGGACGAAAGAAACUCGACAGAUGAAGUUAUGAGGAUAUGCGAGUUCAAUCUUCGCUUUGAAGGUGGAUUUCUUAUUUCUGUAAAUUAUACUGAAGCUAUACAAGGCUAGUCCUACAUCAAGAGGUCAUAGGCCUACUCCUGUGUGUAGGUCAUUGGGAUAAAGAUCUCAAUAGAACAACUGUGGGUGCUUUUCAAUUUUUUUCACAGAAGGCUCUGGUUUAUAAUAGAAUUUAAUGUAAAACGUAGCUUGUAUAUUUCUGUAAAAGGUUUGAAUUGAAUAUAUAGUUUUUAGCAAUCUGUUGUACAAAGUUUUUAGCGCUAUUAAUGGUUUGUGGUUGGUUCUUUGAGUUCCAUCGGUAUUUGUACGUUUUAUUUACUUGUAACUUAUAUAGAUAGAUAUUACUUAAAUACAGCCAAACAAUCCUAUUAAUAAAUUAUGGUAAUAAAAUUCAUUCAGAUCCAUUUAUUGAAAUUGUUUUGUAUACUGUUUAAGAGAAUACAUAGGCCUACGAGAAACCUUGUCAAAUUAUUUUCAGAAAACGAAUAGGCCUAUAGGCAUUUACCUGUAGAAAAUGAAUAUUAUAAUAAUUAUUAUUAUUAUUAUUGUAGUAGUAAUAAUAAUAAAGAUAAUGAUUAUAAUUAUAAUAAUGCAUGAUAUUGUCUAUAGUCCAUUUUAGCUUGUCAAUUCAGUAAGUCUCAAUUUAGACCGAAAUUAUUUUUUGCUGUCUUAUUAUGUUAACAGCACACAAUAAUGGAUUUUAAGCAAUGCAUGACUAAUGAAAACCUGUUUUUGACCAGGUGUGAUCGAAAUCGUUGUUACUAAGUGUUGCUGUGUAGGUAGGCUAAAUUGCUAUUAGCUUAAUGCUAACUUUUGCCUGAAAGAGCUUAACCCCAAUUCCAGGCUCUUUGGUCACGUUUAUUAUAGCUACAAUCAACGGUUGUCAGUAGACGUGGUUCGUGGGUUCGUGGUACUCUGUGGACGUUCCUACAAAACGCGGCGCCUCACAAAUCGUGUAUUGUGUACACACUAUCUCACUUGGAUCACGCUGGGUAAACUCAGGCCAGGUCUUUGUGUGCACUCGGCGUCCCUUAGGUUCCUAGCGUUCUCUGCCGCCCGCCUGUUUCUGGUUUGGGUGAGUCAUUUAGGUGAGGUCUCGAAGCGUUCUUUUUAACACUGGGGAUCAAACACGCGCGGACUAAAAGAACGUCUUAUCGACCAAAUCCCUUGCCAAACAACAGUAUUCUUCUCAAAUAACUUCGCAAGAGAAAUCAUCUUCUCUUAUCAGAGGUAAGCAUUACAUUGUAAGGUUGUAUUCUGUUACCUGUUACCUGAAUACCUGUUGUAUUCGGCGCAUGUGACAAAUAACAUUUGAUUUAAGCCUACGUUUAUCAAUAAUCGAUAAAUCAACUGGGAUUUAAAAGAAAAUAGCGUAGGCUACCCACCAGCACCCCCUGUUUACGUAUUGAUAAGUUGCUUUUAACUAUCUUUGCACAAAAACUUUGGAUAGGCCCGAACGAUUUUACUCCAUUGUUCUGAAUCCAUAGUUUAAAGGCUACGUCUUGGCCACCAUUUCGUUUACAGCCUAUUUAAGUCCAAAUAUUAUUUUUUUGCAAACUUGAACAUAGACAUGUUGUAGAAGAGUGACACGAUUCUAAAUUCUAUGACAUAGCCUGCAGUCUUUCAUUUUAGAAGUUUAAUGUAAUUUGCUUAUAUCAAGUGGGAUGGCGUCUUCAAUGUAGGCCUAUCAAAUAAGAUAUUAUUUUGACUGAGGAUGUUAAUGCAGUUGGCCCUGGCUCGUCAAGGUAUCAUUUGCAUGCGGUGGAGAAGAGAUUUUGUGGUUUUUAAUUGAUUCGAGAAUGUUUUAACAUAUAAAUGGUACAUUUAAAAUGAAAUGUGUGGGACGGACCAAUAGGCCCAUUGUGUGGGACAAGCUCUGUGUUCUUGAAAUUUAGUUGUAAUGUAAAGGACUUGCAACUAUUUUGAUAGUACGAUAUUAUACACUGAGUAUACAAAACAUUAUGAACACCUGCUCUUUCCAUGACAUUGACUGACCAGGUGAAAGCUAUGAUCCCUUAUUGAUGUCACCUGUUAAAUGCAUUUCAAUCAGUGUAGAUGAAGGGGAGACAGGUUAAAUAACGAUAUUUAAGCCUUGAGACAUGGAUUGUGUGUCUGUAUCAUUCAGAGGAUAUAUGGGCAAGACAAAAGAUUUAAGUGCCUUUGAAUGGGGUAUGGUAGUAGGUGUCAGGCACACCGGGUUGUGUCAAGAACUGCAACGCUGCUCGGUUUUUCACGCUCAACAGUUUCCCGUGUGUAUCAAGAAUGGUCCACCACCCAAAGGGCAUCCAGCCAACUUGACACAACCGUGGGAAGUAUUGGAGUCAACAUAGGCCAGCAUUCCUGUAGAACGCUUUCCACACCUUGUCCAUGUCCCGACGUAUGGAAUUGUUCUGAGGACAAAAGGGGGGUGCAAUUUAAUAUUAGGAAGGUGUUCCUAAUGUUUGAUAUACUCAGUGUAUAUUGUUAUAUAUUCUUUUAAUAAUUAUAUUAUAAUAAUAUUUAUUAUUAUGUUACUGUGAUAUUAUGGGAAUUGCAAAUAUUUUGUAGUCUUUAUGAUUAGGCUAUAUAUGAAUAGCCAUACGUGCUCUUUCCUAAGUCUGCAAAAUAUAAGCUAUUGAACAACAACCAAAAGGGCUAGCUCAAAAUACUUUACUCUUAACUGCACCGGGCCCCUAAAUAGUGUAAUUAUUUCAGCACGAAUAUGACGCAAACGGCUCCUCAAGAUUCGUGCUCUUUAUUUUAUGCAUUAGGCCCACUUUAGACAUAUUUACGUUAUGAUAUUUCGCAUAUUUAUGCUAUAAACAUAUAUGACCGAAAUUUAGUCCAAGGCUCCAUGUUUAUAUACUGUGCAUUUGACCUAAAGGGAAUAUUAAACCUAAUAUUUUCAGAUUGUGUAUGGUUAUUUCAAAUUAUUUUGUGCAAUUGUUCAUGAAAAAAAGAAUUGACUUCCAAUAUAGCUUAUUGAUUUUGACUUUAAGGGCCCAGGUGGUUGUGUGCCAUCCCUAC